GGUCUCCCAUGGGAUUGCUGGGACCUUGCUGGGUGAGAUGGCAUUGUGUGCAAAAAAGCGCCCCCCAGUUGACAGCGUGGCGUCCCCGGGUGAGGGAGGCCGAGAGAAUGGCCGGGGCGGCAGGUGGGGUGCGCGCCCGACGGCCCGAGCUCCCCUCUGAGUGGCCACAGCUCCUGCGCCUUCCCGGGGGGCCGCCCCAUCGGCGCGGCUGAGCCCAAGGACCGACCGACAAACAGGCCGCCCUUCCCCGCUCUAACCGGGAUCAUGACGGUCCCCAAGGAGAUGCCAGAGAAGUGGGCCCGGGCCGGGGCGCCCCCCUCCUGGAGCCGAAAGAAGCCCUCUUGGGGGACAGAAGAAGAAAGGAGGGCGCGGGCCAACGACCGAGAGUACAAUGAGAAAUUCCAGUAUGCGAGUAACUGCAUCAAGACCUCCAAGUACAAUAUUCUCACCUUCCUGCCUGUCAACCUCUUUGAGCAGUUCCAGGAAGUUGCCAAUACCUACUUCCUGUUCCUUCUCAUUCUGCAGUUGAUCCCCCAGAUAUCGUCCCUGUCCUGGUUCACCACCAUCGUGCCUUUGGUUCUUGUCCUCACCAUCACAGCUGUUAAAGAUGCCACUGAUGACUAUUUCCGCCACAAGAGUGAUAACCAGGUGAAUAACCGUCAGUCUCAGGUGCUGAUCAAUGGAAUCCUCCAGCAGGAGCAGUGGAUGAACGUCUGUGUCGGUGACAUCAUCAAGCUAGAAAACAAUCAGUUCGUGGCGGCGGAUCUCCUCCUCCUUUCCAGCAGUGAGCCUCAUGGGCUGUGUUACAUAGAGACAGCAGAGCUCGAUGGAGAGACCAACAUGAAAGUGCGUCAGGCGAUUCCAGUCACCUCGGAGCUGGGAGACAUCAGUCAACUUGCCAAGUUUGACGGUGAAGUGAUCUGCGAACCUCCCAACAACAAGCUGGACAAGUUCAGUGGAACUCUCUACUGGAAGGAGAACAAGUUCCCCCUGAGCAACCAGAACAUGCUGCUGCGGGGCUGUGUGCUGCGAAACACCGAGUGGUGCUUCGGGCUGGUCAUCUUCGCAGGUCCCGACACUAAGCUGAUGCAGAACAGCGGCAGAACAAAAUUCAAGAGAACUAGUAUUGAUCGCCUAAUGAAUACCCUGGUGCUCUGGAUUUUUGGAUUUCUGGUCUGCAUGGGGGUGAUCCUGGCCAUCGGCAAUGCCAUUUGGGAGCACGAGGUCGGGAUGCGCUUCCAGGUCUACCUGCCCUGGGAUGAGGCGGUGGACAGUGCCUUUUUCUCUGGCUUCCUCUCCUUCUGGUCCUACAUCAUCAUCCUCAACACCGUUGUGCCCAUAUCACUGUAUGUCAGUGUGGAGGUCAUUCGCCUGGGCCACAGCUACUUCAUCAACUGGGACAAGAAGAUGUUCUGCAUGAAGAAGCGGACACCUGCGGAGGCCCGCACCACCACCCUGAACGAGGAGCUGGGCCAGGUGGAGUACAUCUUCUCCGACAAGACGGGCACCCUGACCCAGAACAUCAUGGUCUUCAGCAAGUGCUCCAUCAACGGCCGCAGCUAUGGUGACGUGUUUGAUGUGCUGGAACACAGAGCUGAGUUGGGAGAGCUGCCACAGAGGCCUGAACCCGUCGACUUCUCCUUCAAUCCUUUGGCCGACAAGAAGUUUUUAUUUUGGGACCCCACCCUCUUGGAGGCUGUCAAGAUGGGGGACCCCUACAUACACGAAUUCUUCCGCCUCCUCUCCCUGUGUCACACCGUCAUGUCAGAGGAGAAGAAUGAAGGGGAGCUGUACUACAAGGCCCAGUCCCCAGACGAGGGAGCCCUGGUCACUGCAGCCAGAAACUUUGGUUUUGUGUUCCGCUCUCGUACCCCAAAGACCAUCACUGUCCACGAGAUGGGCACAGCCAUCACCUAUCAGCUGCUGGCCAUCCUGGACUUCAACAAUAUCCGAAAGCGGAUGUCAGUUAUAGUGCGGAACCCAGAGGGCAAGAUCCGACUCUACUGCAAAGGGGCUGACACGAUCCUGCUGGACCGACUGCAUCACUCCACCCACGAGCUGCUCAACGCCACCAUCGACCACCUGAAUGAAUAUUCAGGGGAAGGGCUGAGGACCCUGGUCCUCGCCUACAAGGACCUGGAUGAGGAGUACUAUGAGGAGUGGGCCGAUAGACGACUCCAAGCCAGCCUGGCCCGGGACAGCUGGGAGGACAGGCUAGCCAGCGUGUACGAGGAAAUUGAAAGCGACAUGAUGUUGCUGGGAGCAACGGCCAUUGAGGACAAGCUUCAGCAAGGGGUGCCAGAGACCAUCGCUCUCCUAACGCUGGCCAACAUCAAGAUCUGGGUGCUAACCGGAGACAAACAAGAAACAGCUGUGAACAUUGGCUAUUCCUGCAAGAUGCUGACGGAUGACAUGUCAGAGGUGUUUGUCGUCACCGGUCACACCGUGCUAGAAGUGCGGGAGGAGCUCAGGAAAGCCCGGGAGAAGAUGAUGGACCCGUCCCGCUCCGUGGGCAAUGGCUUCGCUUACCAUGAGAAAACGUCUGUGCUGGAAGCCGUCGCUGGGGAAUACGCUCUCGUCAUCAAUGGGCACAGCCUGGCCCACGCGUUAGAGGCAGACAUGGAGUUGGAGUUUCUGGAGACGGCCUGUGCCUGCAAAGCUGUCAUCUGCUGCCGAGUGACCCCGUUGCAGAAGGCACAAGUGGUGGAACUGGUUAAGAAGUACAAGAAGGCUGUGACCCUUGCCAUUGGGGACGGAGCCAACGACGUCAGCAUGAUCAAAACGGCUCACAUUGGUGUGGGCAUCAGCGGGCAAGAAGGGAUCCAGGCUGUCCUGGCCUCGGAUUAUUCCUUCUCCCAGUUCAAGUUCCUGCAGCGCCUCCUGCUGGUGCAUGGGCGCUGGUCCUACCUGCGCAUGUGCAAGUUCCUCUGCUAUUUCUUCUACAAGAACUUUGCGUUCACCAUGGUCCACUUCUGGUUUGGCUUCUUCUGCGGCUUCUCGGCCCAGACUGUCUAUGACCAAUAUUUCAUCACUCUUUACAACAUCGUAUAUACCUCCCUCCCGGUCCUGGCUAUGGGGGUCUUCGAUCAGGACGUCCCUGAGCAGCGGAGCAUGGAGUACCCUAAGCUGUAUGAGCCAGGCCAGCUGAACCUCCUCUUCAACAAGCGGGAAUUCUUCAUCUGCAUCGCCCAGGGCAUCUACACCUCUGUUCUCAUGUUCUUUAUCCCCUAUGGGGUGUUUGCCGAGGCCACCCGGGACGACGGAACCCAGCUGGCCGACUACCAGUCCUUUGCAGUCACUGUGGCCACUUCGCUGGUCAUUGUGGUCAGCGUGCAGAUUGGGCUGGACACGGGCUACUGGACGGCCAUCAACCACUUCUUCAUCUGGGGCAGCCUGGCUGUUUACUUCGCCAUUCUCUUUGCCAUGCACAGCAAUGGGCUUUUUGACAUGUUUCCCAACCAGUUCCGGUUUGUGGGUAACGCGCAGAACACGCUGGCCCAGCCCGCCGUGUGGCUGACCAUCGCGCUCACCACAGUCAUCUGCAUCAUGCCGGUGGUCGCUUUCCGAUUCCUCAAGCUGAACCUGAAGCCCGACCUCUCCGACACGGUCCGCUACACCCAGCUGGUGAGGAAGAAGCAGAAGGCCCAGCACCGCUGCAUGCGGCGGGUGGGUCGCACGGGAUCCCGGCGCUCCGGCUACGCCUUCUCCCACCAGGAAGGCUUCGGGGAGCUCAUCAUGUCUGGCAAAAACAUGCGGCUCAGCUCCCUGGCGCUCUCCAGCUUCACCACCCGCUCCAGCUCCAGCUGGAUCGAGAGCCUGCGCAGAAAGAAGAGUGACAGCGCCAGCAGCCCCAGCGGAGGCGCCGACAAGCCCCUCAAGGGCUGAAGGCCAGAAGUGGGCCGUGCCGGGGAUCAGGCACACAGGGCAGGCCAGCUGCCGGGGGGACCGUGUCCGAGAGCCGCCGGUCCUCCUUCCUUGCCUCUCCCUGGUAGGCUCUGUCCUGCUGGUCCCACCAGAAAUGUCUGGGCCCCCCCCCCCAGUACGGGGGCUUCCCACUAGCUAGAAGGGGGAGGGGGUAGACCUCAAGGGCAGAGUAGGGACUGGGCCAUCUGGAACCAGCCCCAGUGUGGGACCAGACGUGGAGCCAGAAACAAAAAAAACUGUGAGAGGUUGGUCUGCCCCCACCUUGCCUGUGAACCCACAGGGAGACGAGAGUCUCUGUAUUUUUUUAUUCCCACCCCCAGAGGGGUGCAGAGCCCCCGCUCCUGAAUCACACAAGAAUGUACCAUGCCGGGAAGCCAGAGACCUGGCGGGGCCUCGGGCCCCUCACGUCGUGUGUGUCUCUCCUUGAUUUGUGUCUGUGUCUAGCUCAGUUUUGUCUUUUUUGUUUGGCAAGUGGCAGAGGCCUCCAGUGACUUUCGUGUUGUGGUUGGCGUCUUCACUCUCUGGGGGAGGAGGAGUCCCGCACUGACGGGCGCCCCGGCCUGGCCUGGCUCGCGUGGAAGGGGCGGGCGGAGCCGCGGUUCUCAGCUGUCCCUCCGUGGCUGGAACCCCGAGGGCCUGAGCUGAUGGGGCGGGGCGCCCGUCAGUCAGCCGGAGGGUGUUGGCAGAGCAGAGGAGGGUUUGGUCCUGCCUUCUUCCUCACCCUGGGAGCAAAGAGCUUCUCCCUCCCGCAACACACGCAUCGACUCCUGGGCUCCGUGGGUCCCGCUGGUUUGGGGCUGGAGCCCGGGAAAGGGGUCCUGUCACCCUCGGAGCCAAAAGCUGGGUGUGAAGUUUAGUCCUAAAGAAAAGAUUUUGUUUCAUUUUAAAUUUUGACCCACGCCCAUUAACAGAGUCCCUUUUGACUUCCCUUCUGCCUCCUCGUCUGGCAUUUCCUGCACCUAUACCCGAGGACCUGAAGCGGGCCUGAAAGGGGAAGCUGGGCACCCUGAGGUGGUCCUGAAAGGGGAAGCUGGCCUCUGCUGCUUCCGUCUGGUGAACGAGAGGUCCCGCCCACCGGGCGCAGCAUCUGGUGGGAGCUGGUAGAGUCCCUGUGCCGGCUGGUGGAGGUUCUGCUCGGGGCCCGCCUGGUCCGGACAGGAUUGGUUGGAGCCUCGGGCCCCUCUUCCUCCUCUCCAUUGUCCUCACCUAGGGAGCUCUUCCCCAAAUUAGGUGUUUCCCAAGUUCAUUGCUACCAAAUCAGUCUUGGGAAGAAUCCUUUCCUCGUCUUUGGUAGUGGAGGGGGUCCUCAGGAAUGGUGGGGAGCUCGGAGACCUUGAACGUUCUGUUAUGUGGGAGCGCCAGGAACUGCAGGUGUGCUCCGGCGAGGCAGGGUGGGGCCUCAGGUGGGGGGGGCCUGGCAGGGAAACCCCGUGUGGCCACAGUUUACAAACCCAACAUCAUGUCUGUUUGUGUGUCUCAAGGUGAGAGUCUGAUUUUUAUACCAAAGAGGAAAUGAUUUUUUUCAUAUUUGGUUUGUCUAUUAUAUAAAUAUAAAUCUAUAUAUAUAUACAGUUAUAUAUAUUAUUUUUUUGGUUCUCUCUCGUUUUUCAGGGAGGGAGGAAAGUACCAAGUUGCAUUGAGCUGUAAUUAAGGAACAUUCUGUAUAAUUUAUGACACAUUUCUAUACUUGCAAAAAUUAUAUCAUUUUAU